AUGAUGUUCCCGGCGGCCCAUGCCCCACUGCACCUGAUGACCUCCGACCAUCGCCCCAGACCCGACAGCCCGGCGCCUGCGUUCCACCAAAUGGCUGCUGUCUCGCGCGCACAGUCCUUGCGGCGAGGCGGUCCACUGCCCCGUCUGUGGAUCGAUUCAUCACUGUCCAGCUACCGCAAAGCAUUAUGUUCUCCGUCGUCCUCAUUGCCUUCUGCUCAUACGAGCGACGCUACGACUAUGGCUGACACGCCGUUCAGCCCUGAAGUCUUCCAUGUUCUGUGCAUGUAUGACUUCGACGCGGAGGAUCCGGACCAGUUGUCAUUCAGGAAGAACGACGUCCUCGACGUUGUGAAGCGCGAGGAGACGGGAUGGUGGGCUGCCGCCCGGCCAGGGGAUGAUCGUGUGGGAUGGAUACCCAGCUCAUUCGUAGAACCGAUUUCCGAGACGGUGGCGCACAAACUGCGGUCCUCCUGCAAGGAAACCGGGGUGCGCGACGAAAUGCUCCACAGCCCAGCGGGCCUGCCAAGUGGGCAUCAUAUGUUUGUGGCCUCUCCAGCAACAGAGAUGAGCUACAACUGGCUUACGGAAAGCGAUCAGGCGCCUGUUAUCAAGCUCUUUACGGGCUCCGACGUCAAAGAAGCUGCGUCGAUCUUCAGCCCGCUCGUCCCGCCCCACGAAGGCAUCGAUGGCUUGCUUUCCGACUCUGAAAUCUCGCCCAGUGGGGGUGCUGGUCCUAGCAAGAUAGACAUGCAGCUUCCGCAACCCGCGCGAGAGAAGGUCGUCCCAACGCCAACAAGGAAGAAGUCCAGUCCGAAGCUGAAGCCGUCCCCCAUCUCGGAGCGGCACUCGGUGCCCGUCGACCGUCACCUGGAGUUGAAGGAGACGGAGCAUAUACGAAGCUACUCGGACCCUGCCAGCACUCCCGCUGUGAGCCGACACCUCCGCCGCCGGCCGGUGCUCAUCGACGAUCGGUCUUCGCUGAGUCGGCUGACGGUGAUGUUCGAGUCGAAGUCGGUGGAGGAGCUGGACAACUUCCUAUGCAGUCCCGCGAUGUCCGAAUCGCUGGAUUCGCUGGCGAGCGCGGGCGCGGUGAAAUCCCUCCCGGGGUUGCUAGAGCAAAGCGAAGACGAUGAGAAUAGCAUGCAGCAGGUCAUAUCGCCUUGCAGCGCCGCAGCGCCUGUGACGCCGGAGUCGCUGGUCGACAUUUAUCAUGAGCUACAGCGAAGGGACGACGGGAGCGUCAUUGCCGGAUCCCUCCGCGCUCUGCUGAAACACCUCGCUGAUGACGCUGUCGAUCCUGCUGUCCAGCGCAGGUUCCAGCGAGUGUUUCUCAUGACCUUCAACACGUUCGCCACGUCAGAUGAGGUUUUCAUAUCUCUCCUGAGCCGCUUCUACAUGAGUCAGCCCGAGGGCUCUCGUCAACAAGCACUCGAGCCAUCACAAAGACGCGUUCUCGAGGUCUUCAGGCUGUGGUAUGAGGAGUAUGGCAUGCUUCGAGACGAUCCUCAUAUAGUCCAUCGUCUGGUCGACUUCCUCGCAUCUGUCCGCUCGUCGUACCCUUUUGCGUACCAGGCGCAUGCAAUGCUCGAACAUCUGCAGCGGCAGGGUGUUGUUGAGCCGUCUACAUUCAAUCCACCAUCGGUCAGACGGAAGAAGCGCAAGGCAUCGAAGAGUGAUUUCGUGCGGAUGGAGCCAACGCUGGUCGCGCGUUUCUUGUGCCUCUAUGAACACAGGCUGUAUGCCAGGAUUCGGCCAAGAGAAUGUCUCAAUUGGAUCAAACGUGGCGUCGGUGACGCUGCCCCCAAUCUAUCUGCCUUCCUCGCGACAAAGGACCGACUCGCAGCUUGGGUGAAAUCCAGCAUCUUGAAUGUGGAGGCUUUCGGCAGAAAGGCCGAAACACUUAACUUCUGGAUCAAAGUAGCAGAGGCGUGCAAAUUUCUGGGCAAUUUAUCCUCUAUGGGCGCCAUCGCUGCUGGGCUCUCGGAUCCUUCCGUUGCCGGGUUGCAACUGCUAUGGGCGCAAGUUCCCCGUGGGACGCACCUCGACUCGCUCACACUACUGGACUCGCCUGGGAAUGCCACCGCCUAUCGAUCUCUUCAGCAAUCCGUCGACGGCUCCUGUGUGCCAGCUAUCGAGAUGUAUCUGACAGACCUCGCACAGUUCCGCGACCAGAUCCCGGACACUGUUGUCUCAUCCGACAGGUCGGCUUUGCUCAUCAACUUUGCGAAACGUGAGACAUGGUUCGAUACGGUAGAGGCGAUGCUACGGUAUCAAGUGCAUGCGUACAGCUUCGAGGAGGAUCAAGCAGUCGCAGAUUUCGUCGAGACGGGCCUUGCGAGCGUAUCGGACCGAGGUUUACUGGUUUCUCCUUAGGUAUCGUCACUCGUUUACCAUACGUGGUGAUCCCUUACUGCUUCAAGCUGUAACAAUUGCCGGACUCUGCAUCUUGGGCUUGUGGUAACUUAUAGUUUUAACCAUGGCGAGUAUGCCUGUCUACGGACGGGCUCCGUAGAUACCUCCUUCUGUUUGGACCAACACUGUGUCAAUAGUCAUUCGCAUGCGUAUGAGUAUCCUUCCUGCAGGUGCUCGGCGUAUCAAUUCUCUCCUUU